ACGCAGACAUAUAUAUUUACACAUACAUUUGCCGCGACGACCGGCACACCGCGGCGCGGCUGCGAAUCCGCCCGCGGAAUUCCGCAAAAUCUCCCCGGCGUCGUCGUCAUCGAGUGCUACCCUCUGAGUGCUACCUUCCGGCCAGCAGGCGAAGGAUCUCCUUCGUGGUCUCAAUUGAGAAACACAACGUUUCGCGUACGGUCGUUCGUUACUGUUCGCGCACCGGUUUCGCUAUUACAGUCGCCGAGCGGGGUAGCUCCUCGUAGAUGGUGCUCCAACGCGACGUCGUUCACUCCCACCCUGCUCCUCGUCGCUCCUGAGGAGAGAGGGUGGUCUUUGGGCGGACGCGAUUCCACGAGGACGGCGUUUCGUUCCGUUUUCGCUAGGUCUUGGUGAACAUCACGUCGCGGUACCGAGCACCGCGUAUCCACGCCGCGCUAAACCCGCCGAUUCGGUUCCGGCGGCAACCAGGAAGCGGCACCGUCGCAUCGUAGCCGGUAGACGGGGAGACAGGUUCGAGAGGAAGAAGAAGACUGUCGCCCGGCAUCUAGCCCCAUCAGGCACCUGACCACCAGCCGGCGAUGCCUGCACCUACGUCAGCGGCGGGUGCGGCCGAGGGUGGCCCGCCCCGCACCGAACUGCAGGAGUUACAGCUCAAGGCCGGCCAGACCACAGAUGAAUCUCUGGAGAGCACGAGGCGUAUGCUGGCGCUAUGCGAGGAGAGCAAGGAGGCCGGCAUCCGCACUCUGGUCGCACUCGACGACCAGGGAGAGCAACUGGACCGAAUUGAGGAGGGCAUGGACCAAAUUAAUGCCGACAUGAAAGAAGCGGAGAAGAACCUUACCGGAAUGGAAAAGUGCUGCGGCCUUUGUGUCCUUCCUUGUAACAAAGGCGCCAGCUUUAAGGAAGAUGAGGGCACGUGGAAGGGUAACGACGACGGCAAGGUCGUAAACAAUCAACCGCAGCGGGUGAUGGACGACCGCAACGGUCUCGGGCCACAGGGCGGCUACAUCGCUAAGAUUACAAAUGACGCGCGCGAAGUGGAAAUGGAAGAAAACAUGGGCCAAGUGAACACGAUGAUCGGCAACCUGAGGAACAUGGCGAUCGAUAUGGGCAGCGAGCUUGAGAAUCAGAAUCGGCAAAUCGACAGGAUCAACCGCAAGGGCGAAUCGAACGAGACGAGGAUACAGGUGGCCAACGAGCGAGCCCAUCAGCUACUCAAGUAAGCGGCCACCGCCAUACUCUCUGUCGACCAUCCGCACCCCGUCGGCCGCCACGAGCAUCACUACCAUCACCCUCCACCUACCAUUACCACCAACAACAACAACAACAACAACAGCAACAUAACAAAAGAACAACAUCGACACCAAUAACAAAUUACCAGCACAAUUACACUCGAUUACAGUCCACUCGAUCGUUUGCUCGCAGUCGCUAUCGCGUUUCGUCCGUUCGCGAAACGUGUCUUCGUUCGUUUUCACCGAUAUCGAGUUGGUAUUUCGGUAUUUUUUCGCGAGCUCGGUGCGUCGGAAAUAAUUAAUACAAAUACGUAACCUUAAACGUAAGACUCUAAACCGAGUGGAUAAAACUGUAAAAUAUAAUUUUCUUCAGAAUUUUAUGUUUUUUUUCCCCCUUUUUUUUCAUUCAAGUAAAUCGCGCGCGCUCGCAUGACUGACUGACUAUGUGUUUAAAAGUCGUACGCGAAGCGACUUUUGGAUGGUCUCUCCUAAAUCGUUGCAUGAAAUUAUACUGCAUGAAAUUAUACAAAAUUAUUUCGUGAACGACGGCAGCUGAAAGAACCGACGUGAAAGAUAAAUACAAAGAGAUAAAUGCUGAAUUUGUUGUACUGUUGUGAAUAUUUGUUACAUGUCCUUUGUAUUAUAUAAUUUCGAGAUUCGUUUCCUUAACUUUCGUAAGUUUAAUACAUGCUGGAGCAUCGCGCGUCACAGAUUCGGAGAUUGAGUGAAAUUCGAUUUUGUGAAAUUCGAAAUAUAUAUCCCGAUUCCUGAUUUAGCGUCGAAGGCAUCCGAUCUAAUUUUCCAUCGAGUCUCAAUUUCGUUAGUCCACUCUCUGCGAUCGUAAAUUCGAUUUAAUCUCCGAGAUCUCCGGGCUCUCUUUGUUUUUACAAUGGCAAUAAUUCACCGAUGAGAAACUUCGAAGAUUCGACGCGAACGCUUCGAGACGUCACACUAUCGACGCGGCUAAUCGAUCGUCGAAGACCUGGAGUAAAAAUGGAUCCUUUAAGAUUAACGAAGCAGUUUCAUUGUACCGAUCACAACGAAGAAGCUGAUGGCAUCUUGUUUUUUCCUAGCGUGGCAAAAGCGUCGAGUUAUCGCGUAGCUUAAAAAACGGAACUGAAAUCCAAUCUCCGGUUCGAGAACGAGCAGCUUCGUUCUCUUCGCCGGCAGAGUUUAGCACGUUGAACGCUGUUGGAAACUAAAUAAAAAAAUAAUCUAUAUAUAUAUAUAUAUACAUAUAUAUUAUACAUAUAUCUCUCGAUAGUCACACACAUGUACACAUACACAUACCGGGGAGAUUAAAUGCACGAACAAUUGCAGCGAUUAAUUCAGUUCUAUCGAUUAUGGCCGGCUCUAGUCAGAGUCGGGGCGGGACUGCAUUGGCGGAAACGAAGAUACACAAAGAUUAAAAAAGGAAAAACGAAGACCGAACAAGAUAAUAGUACAAAAAUUACUACACUUAUCUCCCGUUAGAAAAGACAAGAUUCGAGUACAAGCUUUAUUUAUUUCUCUUAUCGUAUAUUACCGCUCUUCGCGAUUACCGACUCACGCUUGAGGAGAUCAUAUUCGAUACCGUGUCAGCGAUACUGUCUGCAAGCGAAAGAAGCGACACACUAAUCUCCCUCUCCCUCGAGUCUCCCCCGACGUACCGGAGGAGCCUCCGUUAUUUCCUUCCGAAUCGAAGGAUCGGUUACAUUCGGAAUUCCCGAGCUCAGUCUCGAAUAAUUUUCACGAGCGUUUCACGAGUUCUGCCGGAAUAAUAAAAACGGAUAGAUCGCGGUAACACUUGGAGGAGGAAGGGAGUGGAAUCGCGAGAGCGAAGGACGAGGGAGCAGGACGAGAUGGAGGAAGAGGAAGGAACAUGAAGAAGAAGAAGAAGAAGAAAAAGAAGAGGAGGACUUACUAGUAUAGCGAGAUAACUGAAGCAACGAAGAGAACGCGUUCAGCCAACACGAUUAUUAGGCGUCAGCUGAAGCUGUAGAUAGGGCGAGGUCUUCUUUCGUCGUUUAAAAAAAAAAGCUCGACUCACACACUCGACAACGUAGAACGUAGGUGUUAUUUCCCCUUGCCCAUUGUCCAGUCCAGCUCACCCGCCCCGUCCCCUAAUUCUCCCCUUUUGCGCCAAUCGCGCCGAGAUCACAGUAAGGUUUAACUCCAAAGAAAGAUUGUACAUUACUGUAUUUACACGAGGACGACGUACCUACCUUGUUAAAUCGUACGAUGAGGAGAGGAGGUCUUGGUAGAGAAGCCUGUCGCGGCUCGAGAGUCGAUUGCCCGUCGGUGAUCCUGGACAACCAUCGUGAUUCUGGUGUGUUCUUACCUUACUGGAAUAAGGCGGCUGGUUCUUACGUAGCGAAUUUUUUAUCGGUGAUAUUUCAAGAGGUCGUACGCCUGAAUUUAUUAAUUUUGUAAGUACUUUUUUUUUUUUUUUUUUAAGAUUUCAUGUCCACCGAAAUUUGUCAGAAAUUACAAGGUCUGGUACACGAAAA